CAGGGAAAAGUCUGCAAAAUAAUAGUAAUUUGUUUCAAAAAAUCUGUUAAAAGCUGUUUUAACAUGUUCAUUUUUUAAAAAAAUUUUUUUACAGCGUACCUAAUCAUAUACAAAGUAAUGCUGUUUUUGGGUAAUUUUGCAGAGAUUUCAGUUUGUUAGCUGAUAUGUCUUCAUCCAUUCCACUUAUGAGUCUAUAGGGAUGAAAAAAGUACAAAUAGUUCGCAGUACAAAGGCAGUUCAGAGGAGACUGCAUGUGUCCAGCUUGAGCAUAAAAGAGGACAUAAAUCCUCUGUUUGAUUGACAGCGCUGCCAUGACAACCCCGCAUCAGCUGCAGGGUGUCCAAUGAGGAGUCAGACUGAGGGUCCUCCCUGAGUCCCAGGUGAGCUAAAGAGUCAGACUGGAGCUGAUUUCGGUCAGAUUGUUCCCGAAACGCACUUCGUGUCUUCUUUGGGUUCACUCUGGGAUCCAAAUGGUUUUCAGAUCUCCGCUCGAUUUCUUCACAGCCUCCCGUCUCCUCCUGCCUCACUUUGCGGAUGGGGCCCCUGUCCUGCCUCGGUCCCGGUCCCCGGAUGACCCUCCCGCCGCCUGUCCUCCUCUGGCUCUCCCGGGAUUGUGUUUCUCUGCGGCGCAGAUUGCCAGCGUGUGCGAGACCCUGGAGGAGACCGGAGACAUCGAGCGGCUGGCCCGCUUCCUCUGGUCGCUCCCGGUGACCGCAGACGGUCGUGACUCCAUUUCCGAGCACGAGUCCGUGCAGCGGGCUCGGGCCGUGGUGGCCUACCACACGGGAAGUUUCCGUGAGCUUUACCACAUCUUGGAGACGCACCGAUUUACGCGCGCAUCGCACGGCAAACUGCAGGCGAUGUGGCUCGAAGCUCAUUACCGGGAGGCAGAAAAGCUCCGGGGGCGGCCGCUCGGACCCGUGGACAAGUACCGCGUCAGGAAGAAGUUUCCGUUACCGAGAACCAUCUGGGACGGAGAGCAGAAGACGCACUGCUUCAAAGAGCGCACACGCGGGCUACUGAGAGAGUGGUACCUGCAGGACCCGUACCCCAACCCGGGGAAGAAGCGGGAGCUGGCACACGCCACCGGACUGACACCGACUCAGGUUGGGAACUGGUUCAAAAACCGGAGACAGAGAGACCGAGCUGCCGCAGCCAAAAACAGGUUGCAGCACCACCGGAUGUGUCCAGACGGUGCUCGUGCACUAAGUGGAGGAGACUGCAGUCCUGAUGGGAGCGCAGAGCGAGCAGAUGGAGAAACUCUUCUCUCAGUAACAGACAGUGACUCUGACUUGGAUGUCUGAGACUUUCAAUCAAUGAAAUGGACUCUUAGGGGCCUGUGUUGGUCCGUCUUUGGUUAACAGAGUGAGGAUAUUUGUGGACAAAGUCAGGGUUUGGUUUGCAAUCAGAGAUCAGGGAAUUAAACACAUUUAUCCUCAAUAGAAAGCCAGCCCAUCAAAGAGAAUAUAUAAAUGCAGGUUACACUAAGAUUUGAUCUUUUCUUCAAUUUGUUUCCUGAAAAUUUCGUAGAUUUUUAUCUUUGCUGCUUCUGAUGGUCUCCAGGAAUGAGUUUCGGAUGAAUGAUAGGAUGAAUUUGAACCACCUUUUUGAUUUUUAACCGCAUCACUGGAUGGUGAUGUGCACAUCUGUUGACCCAGCUUCCACCUUCAGCCCAAUUAAACAGACAUCAGGCCAUGGACCCCUGUUGGACAUUAACCCAGGGACCCCCCCAGAGGAGGACCUUUACAGACUGAAACCUGCCAGUGAGCAAAUCCCUCUUACUUCCUCUAAUUAUGUGUCAUUGCUUUAUUUUUGAUGAGACUAGUUGUUCCUUUAGAGGCUUCUGGAGGACCCCUGGACGUCGACUGCUGUAGACAAUCAGUCACCACCAUGAAUCACACCUGCCUGUCUACCUGUUUGUAUGCUCAUAACCCCCCCCCCCCCUUUUUUAACCUUCAUCUCUAUUUAAUUUCUCAGAGUUCAAUGUGCAGUCUGUGUCAUGCUGUGUCAUACUUUACGUUCAACUUGAUGCUGAAUAAAUGUUUUGGUAUUUUAUAGAAAUAAAAUUAUUUAAUAUAUGA